AUCAUCCUCACUAGCACACCAUGCCCCCCCUUCGCGCACACAGCCCCCAACCGCAAUCUCCUACAUCUCCAAUGCGUCCCAAGAAGACCGUGGUGCUCCCAGGCUUUCGCGCACCUCCCAAGCCCAAGCCCAAACCCAUCACUCAAAUGACUGCGCGAGAGCUACACGACCAGCACGAUCGGAAUGCAAGAUUGUUAAACUCGUCAUCAGCCUGUACGUCUGCCCUCGGACAACGCCUUUCGGCCGAGCAAGCAGCUAUCGAAUCUCGCCUGCUCGAACUCGAGGGCGUCGAGGAAAUUCGCAACGGUCUUAAGAAGACCAAUAUCAAUGCCGACGAGAUCAUGAUUGUCGACCAACCACGCAUGCCUCGUGUAAUCGAUGCCAAGCAUAGGGCAUUGUCCCGCUACGCGCCCAUCGCGCCCAAUGGUGCUCAACAGGUUAGCUCCCUGAGUUUACAAGAAGCAAUAGAGCUGGAGCAACGCGCCCAUGUCCAAGACGCAGCGAGACAACAACGAUCAGAUGAACGUAAGAGGCGCAUUGGGCUCCCAAUCAGAGGGGAAGUCCUUUCCAGAGCAGAAAUGGAUGCACGGAUGCGGGCCUUCAUUAGCUAUAAGCCGACGGACUCUGACCUCGAAGACGAUAUGGAUGAUGAUGAUGAUGACGAUGAAGACCCGUCAACAUGGUUUGAAGACGACCAGGAUGAUGGUGUCAAAGGUCAAGACAUUAUCGAACCGGACCAUGAAGAACUCUCUAGCAUUAUUCGAGUUGAUGAGAGCAGAGCGCGAUACAGCACGUUCUUCGAACCCAGGGAUGGUGAUUGACAUGUAUAGCAUAAUCCAUAUAAUAUGUGAGAUAUGCACUAUUUUACUUGUAGUCGUAUUAUGUGUCGUUAGAGAAAGUGUGCAUGAGUGUACAUGCGAUUCAAGAGCGUUCGAUCAACCAAACAGCAGAACUGGGUAUGACAACAGAUAUUCUGCGCGUCUUUCCUCUACCGCGCGUGAAUGGGGCAGCUUCUACCUUUCUUCAGCCACGAGGACAAACAAGCUAGAUUGAGCAUUGAUCAGCAUGUCUGUUGCUUACGGAAAGCAAGUGCUCACGGACCAUUGUGGAAACUACAGAAGCAG